AGAUCCAACAAAAAAAUGUUCCCGGAAAACAAGAACCAAGCAUUGCAGUACAUGUAUUGUUGGGGUAUCAGGUUGGUACAAUACUUUAGAAGAUAUUUAUUGUAACUCAAAGCAGCAAAACGAUACAGUCGUACCAAACAAACUGAACAAACAAACUCAAAACGCCUAAUUCCAUCAUGUCCGUCUCUUCCGUAGAAGGAACAAUCAACCUUGCUAAGAACCAAGGCAUGGCUCCUGAGUUUGAAUCCUGCCAUGCCUAUGCCGUUUUUCCAAGCAUUACCAGCGUUGCCAUCGGCAUUGGCGGUAAAGGCGGCACAGGCGAAGUCUUUCUGAAGGAUGGCACGAAACUCGGUGACGCCACAUAUGCGGUAGGAACCCUCGGUGGUUUCGGCGCUGAAAACAUCAAACAGAUUGUCUUUCUCGAGAACGCAGAGGCUACACAAAAAUUCACCAGCGGCAAAUUCGAGCUCAAGUACGAUUAUCAUGCAACGAUUGGUGGAGCCAGUGCCGGUGUCGCUGUUGGAACCACUACUGGUGCGCAAGGCAAUGCUGGUGACGGUGGAAGCCAUGGAGUGGCCUAUGUGAAUGGCGUGAAGGUUGUGGCCAUUACGAGCAAGGGACUGUACAUUUGUGGACCUAUUGCUGGAGGUGCGUUUGCCGAGUUAGGCGCUGGAAAGUAUAUGUUUACGCCGAUCUCGGCAUAGAGUGCUGGCACCAUUUAGACCAGAUUAUUGAUACCGAAUGCAUGAUGGCGCGAAUCCGCGCGUGAAGGCCAACUUGGAUUUAGAAUCACGUUCUUAAGCUUACAGUAUAAUAAAGUUACGAAACACAUCAUGACA